AGGGUAAGAGAGAGGAUCUGGGGCAGCAGCCCCAGAGGGGGGGGUGGCGGGGGGGUGGGGAGGUAGUUGCUAAGCGCCCACCCGCCCCGCCUAGGCUUUAAUCUCUGUCUGCGUGUGUGUGUGUGUGUGUGUUUGUGGCUGUAGCUCCCGCGUUCCCUUCCCCUUCCUCUCCCCCCACCUUUUCCUCUUCCUUUUCCAUGUGGGUCCCGACAGCAGCAGCCGAGCGCCCGGGAGUCACCCUCACAACAUGAUCACGAUGAUGUUGUUGCUGCUGCUGCUACCGCCGCCGCCGCUGCCGCCGCUGAGGAUUAACGUGGCCAUGAACGGAAGCCGCUGAAAGAUGAGCGAGGAGGUGAACCCGACCGAUGAUAGUUAUUUUGCACGUGUGCGAGCAGUGGUGAUGACCCGUGAUGACUCGAGUGGAGGAUGGGUGCCACUGGGAGGUGGUGGCCUCAGCUGUGUCACUGUUUUUAAAGAUCACCUGGAUGAAAGUGGCUGUGAUGAUUUUCUAAUCCAUGGAGAAAGGCUCCGAGACAAAACGGUGGUUUUGGAAUGUGCUCUGAAGAAGGAUCUAGUUUACAACAAGGUUACGCCUAUUUUUCACCACUGGAAGAUAGAUGAUAAAAAGUUUGGACUUACCUUUCAGAGUCCUGCUGAUGCUAGAGCAUUUGACCGUGGCAUUCGCAGAGCUACUGAAGCUAUCUCAGAAGGUUGCCAAGAAACUUUCAAUGAAGCAGCAGUUCCUGAUGAUGGUUUUCAAUCUGCACAAGAAAGUGAUACUAAUUCUUUGAUCAGAAAAGAGCGAAUUUCACGGCAUGAUACUGUAGUGACAAAUGAUCCUUGCAGAAGCUGCUAUGUUAGAACGCCUCCAUUUGAAGACUUCGGUUCUCGAAGAUUAUACUUUCCUGCUCAACAGAAUCAGAUUAUGUUAAAACCAACUAGGCAUGUCAGUUUUCAGGAUGAAGACGAGGUUGUGAGGAUAAACCCUCGAAAGGAUGUAUUAAUUAGAGGCUACGAAGACUACAGACAUCCCAAUGUACGAAAAAAUGAAGUGGAAACUGAAAUAGACUCAUAUGUGUGCUUCAAACCUGAAUCUAAAAAACACGAUUAUGUAUAUCCUUCUGUGGAAGGGAUUGAAACUGAACACAUUAAAGAUUCAAAAGGUUCUAUUGUAUUCAAAACACAGCCAUCUCCUUCACUAAAAUCAAAAAAAUCCAGGCGAAGGAAAGAGGAUGGAGAACGCUCUCGUUGUAUAUAUUGCCGAGACAUUUUUAAUCAUGAGGAAAACCGGAGAGGACAGUGUCAGGAUGCUCCAGACCCCAUCAAGAAAUGCAUUUAUCAAGUGAGCUGCAUGCUGUGUGCUGAGAGUAUGCUCUACCACUGCAUGUCGGACUCUGAGGGGGAUUUCUCUGAUCCAUGCUCGUGUGACACUAGUGAUGACAAGUUCUGUUUGCGGUGGCUGGCACUUAUAGCCUUGUCUGUCAUUGCACCAUGUAUGUGCUGCUAUCUUCCUUUGAGAGCAUGUCACCACUGUGGUGAGAUGUGCGGAUGUUGUGGAGGGAAGCACAAAGCAGCUGGAUGAUGUGACCAAUCAGGAGUCAAGCUGGGCUUAAUAGUUCCUCUCCAGGCAGCAUCAACCCUGGGUCUCAAGGGUUAUGGCCUACUGGUAUUAAAAGCCAGCAGCAAUUGCAGAGCUGUGCAAGUUUCCAAGGCUUGAGGAGAAGUAAAAUGUUUUAAAUGAUUAUGGCCCUAUGCAAGGCCACCAUGUCUAAUACUUUGCAUGGCACAGCCUAACUUGAGAAGGUUUUGUAAAGCAGAGAGUUCUUUGCUUUUGGCUGUUCAGUGAGUACUGAAUGUGAUUGUGUGGAAGGGAUUAAUUUUGCAGUUUUGUACAUUGAGUUGACUAUAGGUAUGGUUUCUCACAUAAAACUCUUACAGAUGAAACUGAAGUGUUGGACUAAAAGCACUAGGUAACUGAGUUUUGUUCAGAAAGAUUUCAACUUGUUUUAGGCUUUGGUUCUAAUAAGUAUUUACUUAAUAUGUGCAUUUACAGAAUCACUUAACUGGCAGUGCAGGUGAAUUUACUGUCUAUGAAUAAUUAGAUAUUUAACACAUGUAAAGUGUCAAACUCUAUAUAACUAAAUUUGAAGUGGCUCAUACUUUCGCAAUAAAAUCAUUUAUCUUUUCAGUUCUUCUGUGUUUGGAAACAAAAAAUGUUGAUGUGUAAUGGAGCCAUAGAUAGUCAUUUUGUUUUUAAUUCAUUGUAAUAUGCAUGCUUACUAUUCACAUACGAUUUUGCUUCAGUUUGAACAAUUUUUCACCUUCAUCUCUGAAGACUAAAAAUUUGUGACUAAUUUUCAUUGUGGUGAUUAAGCACAUUCUGUUUUAUCUCUCCCAGUGUAUGUGUGUUGUGUGAGAACCAAAUUGCAAGCUAGUGGCAUAUUUGGUUUUGGAUAUCUUUAAAAACACUUCUAAUAUUUUUGCUCAAUCAGCAAGUUUUCUGUUGGUAGUCCAAGAAUAUCAUUUGACCUCUUGAAUUUAUAUAAUUGGGUGUCAUACUAUUAGAACAUCUAAAGUUUGGAGUAUAGUCAAUUCAAGUAUUUCAGACCUAUCUUUCAACAGCCUACCAGAAACAGGGUAGAUGCAAUUUUGGGAAAGCAAAACCCUGGUAUUAGUUUGUUCACUAAAUAGUCUACAACAUUUGAUGCAGGAUGCAAAUAUAGUUCAAUUUGUUAUUCAAGGGUUAUUAAGUGAAUGCUUUUAAUUAGUUUAAAAAAAGUUCGAUGCUACCUUUCCCUGUUUAGCUGUACACAUAGGCACACCUACAUCUUCACUCUGAAAUGGAUAUGUAAAUAGGCAUGGCAUGUAUUGCUGAAAAAAACAAGAUGUUAAACGUUUGUCGUUAGGACUGGCACAGGAAUUACAAACUUCAAAGAAAGCAAGAGUCUACCACGUGAGAAAAGGUGGUGAUUGGUUGGCAAGUUGAAUCCAAUCAGAGCUAACCUGCCAAACAAUCAUUACCUUUGCUCGUGCAUUAUAGAUUAUUGCUUUCUUUGAAAUUUGGCAUUCUGCCAUUUAUCCUGAUGAGUGUUUAGAGAACAUGACUAUCUUUUUCAGCAGUACUCCAUUUCUGUGCUACCAAGCAAAAUGGUUUAUACUUAAAUAUAUAUCCGUAGAACACAGGUCUGCAUGGAUGAGAUGAAUCUUCAAGUUUAAAUCGAUAAUAAUGCUCAGAAGGUUACUAGUAGGAACAUAUUUCAAAUUUGAAGAACCAAUACCUAAACAAUGAAGAUUGAUUUAGAGCCUGAACUAAUUAAAUUCACAGACUCAAAAUUAAUAUCUCACUUUUUUUUUCAAAAACAUUUAAUUAUUUGGAAUCAUUUGUCAAUUUGUGCAGACCCCAUGGUGAUAAUUUGCAAACAAUAUAUAGAAUAACCCUAAAUGUUUAAUGCCACAUUUGGGUGCAAUUAGUUUGAUACAUUGUCCGUGCAUACCUUUGUAGCCUGUGUACGUAUUCGUGACUGUGGAAAGGAUAAUUGAGCUGUCGUAAUUGUGCCAGGACUAUUUCACCCUAAGAAUUGAUGCUUCCAAAUUUUACCAAAUAUUUACUCACAAAAUCUACACUUAAAAUUUAGGGCUUUGUCAGAGUUGCUUGCCUAGGUUCUAAUUUUUAGAUAUGUAAAUACAUAACUCCAUCUGUAAAAUACUCCACAUUAGAAUGCAUUGAUAUUUAUCAGCUGUGAGUAGAUGGAAUGGACUGACAGCUUUCUGUACAUAAGCCAACUUUGAGUAUUAUUUCACAUUGAAAAGUAGAGGCUAAUGAUAUGAGACUUAGUUUUAAAAAGAGCUUGUUUCUAGUUUUGUACUUAAUCACAGAAUGGCUUCACUAGGACAUGUUUGGUGAUGGGGGCAAUUUUUUCAUUUUGCUGUUUGAGUCACGAAAGUAAUGUUUCUUGAUAGGAUUCCAUCCGUAUGCUUGGAAACUUAUAUUUCAUCAGUAUUCUGCACACUGGGAGAAACAAAUUUUGAAUUGUGCUCAGAGUGUUCACACAUUGCUUGUGAUUCUCCACAUAGCUUACUACAUUCGAGUUGCUACUUGCAAAUUUUCAUUAUCCAAGUUUUGGAAAACUGUUUUCCACAGUUCAAUUCAAAAGCUCUCAAUUUACCUGAACCUUUCUAAAGAACUGCAAGCUUUUUAAAAUAUCAGAUUGUACUGGCCUGCCAUCUACUAUUAUUGAUGUUCAUGGUAGACAGGCAAAUGUAACAUUGAAGAAUCUUCUCAGCCCCUGCAUCAGAGCCUCUGACAGAAAUUUCAGUUGUGCUAUAUAAGGUCACUAUCAAAUGCUGCUGAGUUCAAGUAUAUAAUAGGCUGAGUGGAAAUUCUCAUUUCUCGGGAUUUCAGAGGAUUCAGCAGGCUUCCGUAUUUCAUUCCAGUAUUGUUUUAAUGUGGACAUCUGGGCCAGUUUUACUCUUUGCAGGAAUUCCUAAAGAUCUUGAGUGCUUAAAGGUUUUGUGCUUUUCCUGUCUUCUGUGCUCUGGUUAAGAACAUGUGGUGUAAAUUAACUUGCCCAUCUGCCUUUUCACAGUCAGUAGAUAGUAUGGAGUACCAGGAUCUGACUAAAACUUUCCUGUAUGUUGAGCUGAUAGUCACUAUAUAGAUUAUAAAUUGAAUAGUGAAUUGAAGCCAGAAUUUUUUAUUUUGCAAACCCUGUACUCCAAGCUAACAGUUUAUAGAUACGAAUCUACAAAACAUGUUUUAACCUCUCAAUUACUACCCGAUGACUUUUUGAUGAUGUUUGUUUGUGAUUGAGUGAAGUUUUUUUGUCGUAUACUUCAAGAAAUUGAGCUGCUGUGCAGAUCUGGUGGGUAUUUUCACAUCCACCAGUUACAGUCUCUGCUUUGAUUGUGUUUGGUUCUUUAAGUUCAAUCAAAAUGCCCCCUUUCAUCUCCCUUUCACACCCCUCCUUGUGUGCGGAUGAGUUCAGAGUUUAUAACUAUUGUUAUGAAGAUCGUUGGUGUGAAGGAAAAAUUGCUAGCAUACUGGAAAGUGUUUCCAACUCAGUUUAGACAAACAAGAUCUUCUCAGUAGACUGUUUAGCAUCCAGUAAUUCUUAGCAUAAAUAUAAGCUGCUUUUUAUCUUUAUUUUUCUUUGGAUGGGGGGAGUCUGACAGAGUUUGUAUGUGUAAUGUAAGAAGAUACGACUACCCCCAAGAGAAAAACUUGCUGGCUGUAGCAAAGUGUUUUGUUUGUGGUAAUAGGUACACUUUGACCUUAGAAUAAUGAGGCACUACUAACCAGUAUGGUACAUCACCUAACCAUGUACUGUAAUUUAUAUGCAAUGUCUACUUUAUGGAUUUAAACAGCCUAAGAGGCAUGCUAAUAGCUGUAAAGGAAUUGACCCUGCUGAAUACUGAUGGCGCACUUAUGUGCUCAGAACGGUCAUGUCAUUUUUGUUCUACUUCUAAUUACUUUUUUUUGAAAUGGUAUUUGUUAGAAUUUGAGACUUUAUCUAAUAGAAAACAUUAAGCUAAAAACGCCUUGUACCUAGAGGUUUUUGUUUCUAAGUACUGCCUAUUGUUUGCUUUGUGCCACUUGCAGAUGCCUAGCCCACUUCCAAAAAGUGCCUCGCUUGUUCAUUUUAAAAAUUCCAUUUAAAUCUAACUGCUAUUGUAUUUGUUACUUUUUGUUUUUAGUUUUUUUAUAUUUUUGUUGAAAAGAUACUAAGUAUGUGAUGUACAAUUUAGUUUUAAUAACUCCUGCCACAGGUGUAAUUUCUUAAAUGUAUGAGGGUGUAGCUUCUUAAUUUCUUGAAUAUAUAUAUAAUGUAAAUAUGCAUAUAUAAGUUUGUAACUGGUUUUGUUACAUCAUACACUUGUAAUUUGACAUAUCAAAUAACUAUCAUAAUAAAACUAUAAGUUUUAAUUUCUUUA